AUGAAAUUUGCAGAUUUGAUUGAUGAACAUGCAGAAGAAUUAGCGGCUUUAGAUACCAUUGAUGCUGGGAAAUUGUUUAGUGAAGGCAAGGCUGGUAUUCCCCAUUCAGCAAACAUGCUACGAUACUAUGCUGGUGCAGCAGAUAAAAUUCAUAGGGAGGUCUUGAAAAUGUCACGAGAAUUUCAUGCCUAUACAUUGCGUGAGCCAAUUGGUAUUGUAGGACACAUCAUUCCCUGGAAUUUCCCAACCUCUGUGUUCUUAACGAAGGUUAGCCCAGCCUUAGCCGCUGGCUGCACCAUGGUCAUCAAGCCCGCUGAGGAAACACCACUCUCGGCUCUCUAUUAUGCUCAUCUUUCAAAGCUGGCUGGUAUCCCUGAUGGAGUACUAAAUGUUGUAACGGGUUUUGGACCAACUGCUGGUGCAGCCAUAAGCUCUCAUAUGGACAUUGAUGCGAACAAAUCUGUUCAAACAACUUUGUGGGGAAAUACUGCACAACAAAUAGAUGAUGAUUUCUACAAAACAAAUAAAGGGCCAUUCAUAGUAAUAGUCACUUCAACUAUAGUGAAAACUUUCAGAGGUCAAUAUCAGCUAUCAUCCACUUUUGCAACAAAGCUGUACAUAAAUUUAGACAUUCCAGAAGUUGCAGAAAUGAGAAACAAAUACAGCACAAAAGACAUAAACAUAAAAGAUAUACUGCCAAAGGGACUCCCUAAAAUUCAAGAUGCAGAAAUGGCCUUACAUAAUAAAAAAACAGUUGCUGAAAUAAAGAAUUUGGAAUGGAACUCAGAGACAAAGAACUUGAUGGUAACAUGCAAUGCCAAAAUCAUUAAUAUCAACAACAAAUAUGGAUGGUAUUAUGUUGCAUGUUUUAUAUGCAAGACGAAAGUGAAACAAGUCAAAGGAGUUCUAUGGUGUGAACGUUGUAAAAAUGAGCCAAAAUUUGUGAUCCCAAGGUAA